UCCAUGGUAGAGUUGAAACCAGAGAAGAGGGGCUAUGCCAGGGGACAUCAUGUGAGCGCGUGCAGCGUGUGACUCUUGCUGUUCUCGAUGAUAAGGGCAGUUAUCACAAUUCCUUGAGACAUUUUUGACGUCGAAUUUGGCACCGUUGCCCGCCCUUGCUUUAUGCGCGACGUGUCUUUUUGACCGUAAACCCUCCAAGUUUCACCAACGCGUUCUUACAGGUGCUAUCAAGCAUGGACCCUGGGCAAAAGCCGGCUGUGCUGGUUACUCGGCAAGACGUAGCCCAGGAAGCGCUCGAGCUUCUCUGCGAUAGGUGCGAUGUCGAGGUGUGGAAUGAAGACCAGCCGAUUCCUAGGCCAGUUCUUCUGCGAAAGAUUGCUGGCAAAGACGCUCUGUUUUGCCUGGUUACAGAGAAGGUAGACUCUGAAUUGUUGGAUGCUGCUGGCCCCAACUUGAAGGUAGUCGGUACAAUGUCAGUUGGUUAUGACCACAUUAACGUUGCUGAGUGCACAAAAAGGCGAAUCGCACUUGGUAACACACCUCAUGUGUUAACUGACGCAACAGCGGAGCUAGGAAUUGGUCUUUUGCUUGCAACAGCCCGGCGAAUGUUCGAAGCACAUCAGGCAAUAAGCAGUGGAGAGUGGGCGAGGGCUGCUUGGAGUCCAACAUGGAUGUGUGGCUCAGAGAUCGGAAGGUCGACUGUUGGCAUAGUUGGCAUGGGCAACAUAGGGUUUGGAAUUCUUGAGAGGCUUAAGGCAUUUAGGGUGUCACGGUUUUUGUACUAUUCGAGGUCCCGCAAACCAGCAGCCGAGACAAUAGGUGCUCAGUUUACAAGAUUCGAAGAAUUGUUGAAACAAUCAGACUAUGUGGUAGUCUGCUGUGCCCUCACACCUGAAACAACGAAAAUGUUUGACAAAAAGGCUUUCAGCUUGAUGAAGAGCACAGCCUCACUUAUAAACAUUAGCAGGGGCCCAGUUGUAGAUCAGGAGGCACUUUGUGAAGCCCUGUCUUCUGGAAAAAUCCGGUCUGCUGGCUUGGAUGUAAUGACACCAGAGCCACUCCCACCAGACCAUCCAUUGUUAAAGUUACCAAAUUGUGUGAUCCUUCCCCACAUUGGUAGUGCAGCAACUCGCACCCGAACUGCAAUGGCCAUUCUAACAGCGCAGAACAUAUUAGCUGCCCUUGAUGGCCUACCAAUGCCUGCUGCGGUCAACUAGACUGUCAAGAACUUGUCACCGUGGAAGUGUAUUUCUGGACCAUCUGAGGAAAAAAAUACAACUUUUAGCCAAUGGCACUUC